AUAAAGUAAAUUAAAACUAUGCCCAUACCCAAUUGGGUCUGGAAUCAUGUAUAUCCACUGAUAAUAACGUUACAUAUGCGAAGAAUUAUAAAUAAUGAAUCACCAAUACUACAAAAAAUGAUAGAAAAUAAAUAUUGGUUCAUGAAACGCUACAAUUAUAUCAGGAAUACUGAUGUAUGGUAAAAUAAAAAGUGACGCUUUAUACAAAACAUUGUAUAUGCAUGUAUAAUAGAAAGACUUAGGAUUGGAAAAAAGAAAAAGUAUAUUCAUGUACCCAUUAUCCAUAAUAUCCGUGGUCAAAUUUAUUCAUAAUACCAAAUAUUAUAUUUAGUUCGAAUAUUACCCCAAUUGACACGAAUUUAGACGAGUGUCCAUAAUUAUGGCAAUUUUUGCCAUUCCAUACUCCCUCCUCAAAUCUCAAUACAAACAAACAUGUGAAAUUUAAAGUUUGGAAAUUGCGAUUGUUAAAUAAAAAUGUAUUGUUGUGAAUACAUGUAUAAUAUUAUACAUGUAUUGAUGAAUAUGUAUCGAUGAAUUGGAUGCAUUAUAAAAUAUAAUAUUUGGUAUGUGAUUGUGUACUUCACAUAAAACUAUCUCAACUAUCUAAAAUAUCUACAGCUUUAUAACAUUUACUAAUUUUUAGUGAUAGUAUAGUGUUUACUAAUUAAAAAAAAAUUGUGAAAUUCUAAACAAGUAAAACAAAAAUAUCAGCCUUUCUAUCUGGUUUUCCUGCAAAUGUACGGACGCCUGGGGUUCCACCGCCGACGUGCCGCCACGCCGGACGGCUCCAAGCCCGAGAGAGAGCGCGUGAGAGAGAGUCCUCCCUCCGGCCAACUUGCCAGCUGGCAUGACUGUGUAUAACUAUUUGCCUACUGGCUGGACCUUAUCCUCUUUCAUUUUCCCACCCUUUUCUUCUCCUUUAUUUUCUUUUAAUUUUGCCCACUUACAAUUUUCCCCCACAAAAAAAAAAAAAAAAGUCGAGAAAAAUUAUGCUAAAAGGAAAAUUGUACAGAUACAGAUAGAUAAAAAUGCCCAUAAAAAAAAAAAAAAAAAGAUAGAUAAAAAUGAGAGAGAGAGAAAAGAAAAAGGAUAUGUAAAAUGCAGGGAGGACCAACCCAACCCAGCAAAGCCAAACCCUAGAUUUCUUCUUCCUUCCUUGCCAAAUAACAAAAAUAAAAUUCCUUUCUCCUUCCCCAAAACCCUCCCCACACAGUGCUUCCUUCCUCCUUUCCCAAUUUCUUCGAUUCUUCAGAUCCAAUUACAAACAACCUCUCUACUCGUAUCUUCUCACACCUUUCCGACGAACCAGAGGUCAGUUGUUUUUUUUCAGUGUGUAUGAUUAUUUCUAUCUCCAAUUUGUUCCCUUUUCCUUCAAUUUUAUCUCCCGAUUGCUAUCCGUCUCCCACCCACCUACUUAGCCUUUGGAUUCGUCACUUCCAAAGUUCCCAAUUUGUAGUGUGUUAUCUAGUUUUGUCCUCGUCUCUGUUUUCUUACGCAGUCUAAUCAUUCGUUUUUGGCUAUAUUUGGAUCUCAUCCACCUUUUUAACUUGUUUUGCUGGUACCCUCUUUUGAUCGGAUUUUAGGGUUGUCUUCUGCUCGAUUGAUCGUUAUCGCGGUAUCGUGAUUGGGUUCUGUUCGGUACCCAUUUGCAGAUCCUGCUAAAUUUCCCGUCUUUCUGCUGGGGCGAGGGGUUUUCUGAGAUCGUGGGGCUGCUAAAUUUCCCAUUUUUUUCGUUGAUAGCUGAGCUCUUGUGAAGAGCUAGAAAGGGUUUUCAAGAUGAUGUCCAAAUCGUAUACCAAUCUCCUGGAUCUAGCUUCGGGCAACUUCCCGAUAAUGAGUCAACAGCCGCGGGAGAGGAAGAGGUUGUCUCGUGUGAUGACUGUUCCUGGGGUCAUCUCCGAGCUUGACGAUGAUCAGGCGAAUAGCGUUGCCUCGGACGUGCAGUCUUCCUUAAUCCAGGACCGGAUAAUAAUCGUGGCGAACCAGCUGCCGGUGAAGGCCAAGCGGAGGCCGGAUAAUAAAGGGUGGAGUUUUAGCUGGGAUGAGGAUUCUUUAAUGUUACAGUGUAAAGAUGGUUUCCAUGAAGAUAUGGAAGUUAUAUAUGUUGGUUCUUUGCGGGUUGAGGUUGACCCGAGCGAGCAAGACGAUGUGUCCCAGCUUUUGUUGGACAAGUUUAAAUGUGUUCCUGCAUUCCUGCCUCCUGAUAUCUUGAACAAGUUUUAUCACGGGUUUUGUAAGCAGCAUUUGUGGCCCCUUUUCCAUUACAUGCUUCCCUUCUCUGCCAGUCAUGGUGGGCGGUUCGAUAGAUCCUUGUGGGAAGCGUAUGUUGCGGCAAAUAAAAUCUUCUCACAGAGGGUGAUUGAGGUUAUAAAUCCGGAGGAUGAUUAUGUCUGGAUUCAUGACUACCAUUUGAUGGUGCUACCAACCUUCUUGAGAAGAAGGUUCACCAGAUUGAGAAUGGGGUUCUUUCUUCAUAGUCCAUUCCCAUCGUCAGAGAUAUACAGAACAUUGCCUGUGAGGGAAGAGAUUCUCAAGGCACUGCUGAAUGCUGACCUUAUUGGAUUUCAUACGUUUGAUUAUGCUCGUCAUUUUCUCUCCUGCUGUAGUCGUAUGUUGGGGUUAGAAUAUCAGUCAAAACGAGGUUAUAUUGGAUUGGAAUACUACGGUAGAACGAUCGGAAUCAAGAUCAUGCCGGUUGGCAUUCACAUGGGACAGAUUGAGACAGUAUUGAAGCAUGCUGAUAAUGAGUGGAGAGUGAAAGAGCUGAAACAGCAGUUUCAAGGAAAGACGGUUUUACUCGGUGUUGAUGAUAUGGACAUCUUCAAAGGUCUUAACUUGAAGCUUCUGGCAAUGGAAGCGAUGCUGAAACAACACCCAAAGUGGCAAGGAAGGGCGGUUUUGGUCCAGAUUGCUAAUCCUGCCAGGGGGAGCGGGAAAGACCUCGAAGAAGUGCAGGCGGAGAUUCAGGAAAGUUGCAAGAGGAUUAAUGAGACUUUCGGCAGACCAGGCUAUGAACCAGUUGUGUUCAUCGAUAGACCAGUAUCACUUAGUGAAAGGACAGCGUACUACAAUGUUGCUGAGUGUGUGGUGGUGGCAGCUGUUCGGGACGGGAUGAAUCUUACUCCUUAUGAGUAUGUUGUGUGCAGGCAGGGUGUCUCUGGUUCAAGUUCCAGUUCAGAAUCCAGUGUCCCCAAGAAGAGCAUGCUAGUUGUUUCUGAGUUCAUUGGGUGUUCCCCUUCUCUUAGCGGUGCUAUUCGGGUCAAUCCUUGGAACAUGGAAUCAACUGCCGAGGCUAUGAAUGAGGCCAUUUCGAUGUCUGACAAUGAAAAGCAGUUGCGGCACGAGAAGCACUACAGAUAUGUCAGUUCACAUGAUGUGGCAUACUGGUCGAGAAGCUUUUUCCAAGAUCUGGAGAGGGCAUGCAAAGACCACUUCAGAAGGCGAUGUUGGGGUAUUGGGUUGAGCUUUGGCUUCAGAGUUGUCGCGCUCGAUCCUAACUUCAGAAAGCUGUCAAUUGAUGCAAUUGUUAGUGCAUAUUUGAGGUCCAAGAAGAGGGCUAUCUUGCUUGAUUAUGAUGGAACAGUAAUGCCUCAAACAUCAAUCAAUAAGUCGCCAAGUCAAGAAGUACUUUCAAUUAUCAAUACCCUCAGCAGUGAUGCAAAGAACACAGUUUUUCUUGUUAGUGGAAGAGGGAAGGAUAGUUUAGGUCAGUGGUUCUCUCCUUGCAAAAAACUUGGAAUUGCUGCGGAACAUGGUUACUAUUUGAGGUGGUCUGCUGAUAAGGACUGGGAAAUCUGUGGGCAAAACUGUGAUUUUGGAUGGUUUCAGAUAGCUGAGCCCGUAAUGAAGUUGUAUACAGAAUCAACAGACGGUUCUUACAUCGAGACCAAGGAGAGUGCCUUGGUCUGGCACCAUAGAGAUGCUGAUCCAGGUUUUGGUGCAAGCCAGGCUAAGGAGUUGUUGGACCAUCUUGAAAGUGUACUUGCAAAUGAACCCGUAACUGUUAAAAGUGGUCAAUAUAUUGUGGAAGUAAAGCCGCAGGGUGUUAGCAAAGGUGUAGUAGCGGAGAAGAUAUUUACAUCAAUGGCCGAUAAAGGAAGACAGGCCGAUUUUGUGCUGUGCAUUGGCGACGACAGGUCGGACGAAGACAUGUUUGAGAGGAUCGGUAAUGCUUCAACAAGCGGAGUACUCGCAUCGAGCACGAACGUAUUUGCAUGCACAGUAGGCCAGAAACCAAGCAAAGCCAAGUACUAUUUGGACGACACAAGUGAUGUCUUGCACAUGCUCAGAGCUCUUGCUGAAGAUUCAGACCCUUUAUCUGAUGAAGAAGAUGAAGACAGCAGAUCCCCCUAACGUCCUAUCCAUUUCUUCCUCGACAGCAUUUUUCUGUGGGUCAUUUGUUGGUUGAAUUCAUGACGGAAGAAUACACACAAUAGCAAAGCCCUGGCCUCCAUUUAGUUGAACGAAGAGACGUGGUUUGUUUGUGGCCCAUUAGCCAUGGCAUAGCCCCGGGAAGGGAGGCUAGUCAAAGCCCUGCAAAUCUGGCGAAGGAAGGGAAAUGGAUGGCUGUUUCGAACGAAACAGUGAAAAAUGGUUGGUCUGGUAAACAAAUGAAUGGGCUUUGCUAAGGUGGUGUAGGGUGGAUGGAUGCGAGAAGAGGGAUGGAAUCUUAUCUUAUGAACAGGAACUGAAUGGUUAUUGCUUGACGGUUGAUGAUGGAUGGAUUGCAAUGAAUUAACGCAUUGCAGUAUUGUGGCAGUGAAGUUAUGAUAAGGAAAAGAAAGGUCUGUACUUUGCUGUUGUUUGAAUGUUCCCACCAUUGUUAACAGAGACAGUAAUGGUGGUGGGAUUAUAUACUUUUUUCCCUUUUGCUCUGUCUAGAGAGAGUAGUCGAGUGAGUGAUUUAUUUUCAUUCCCUGCGUUUACUGUCGACUAUUGGUUUGGUAAAAUUCAAUUGCCCUGUCCAAUGUGUAAAUGUUAUAGUGAAAACUGGCAAUCGAGUUUAUUCUAUUCUCUGCAUAAAGGUUGAUUCUUUGG